UCCUCAGUCAAGGAGCAUCUAAAUAUCGUAUUCAUUGGCCAUGUUGAUGCCGGAAAAAGUACAAUGGGGGGAAACCUCCUGUAUCUGACAGGCAUGGUGGACAAGCGUACCAUGGAAAAAUACGAAAGGGAGGCAAAGGAAGCGGGCCGCGAGUCAUGGUACCUUAGUUGGGCACUGGACUCAACACCACAAGAACGAUCCAAAGGCAAAACUGUUGAAGUUGGUCGAGCCUAUUUCGAGACAAAGGCUCGCCGAUACACGAUUCUCGAUGCUCCUGGACACAAGACAUUCGUUCCAUCGAUGAUCAGCGGUGCAGCUCAAGCAGACGUGGCUAUUCUCGUCAUAUCUGCUCGCAAAGGCGAAUUUGAGACGGGAUUUGAAAGAGGAGGGCAAACUCGUGAACAUAUCAUGCUGGUCAAGACCGCUGGCGUUUCUAAAAUCGUCAUUGCGAUCAACAAAAUGGACGACCCCACUGUUGGGUGGGACAAAGGUCGAUACGGCGAGAUUAAAGACAAAUUAACACCUUUUGUCAAAGCGGCCGGAUUUAAUCCAAAAACCGAUGUAACUUUCAUCCCCGUGUCUGCAUACACGGGCCUAAAUCUCAAAGAGCGAGUUUCGAAGAGUACAUGCCCAUGGUUUGAUGGCCCAUCUUUUCUGGAACAUAUCGACAAGAUGCCAAUGGUGGAUCGCAAGAUUCACUUUCCCCUCAUGAUGCCUAUAUCUGAGAAAUACAAGGACAUGGGCACGGUCGUCGUAGGAAAGGUUGAAUCUGGUCACCUUCGAAAAGGCGACACCCUCCUUCUCAUGCCGAAUAGAGAAUCCGUGGAAGUUUCAGCAAUUUACAACGAAGUGGAAGAGGAGGUUAAUCAAGCUCUCUGCGGUGACAAUAUCCGAAUUCGGCUGCGGGGUGUGGAUGACGAGGAUAUCAGUCCUGGGUUUGUGCUGACGAAUCCCCAAAAGCCUAUCCAUGCUGUUCGUCAAUUUGAAGCCCAGCUAGCUAUUCUGGAGCACAAGAGUAUCAUCUGCGCAGGAUAUUCGGCCGUAAUGCAUAUUCAUACCCUAGCAGAGGAGGUCACCUUGCCUGCCUUACUGCACUAUUUUGACAAGGCGACGGGACGAAAAUCGAAGAAGCCUCCACAGUUCGCCAAGAAAGGUCAAAAGAUUGUAGCUCUAAUUGAAACGACGGCACCCGUAUGUGUGGAGAGGUUCGCAGAUUAUCCGCAACUUGGACGCUUCACUUUGAGAGACGAAGGUAGGAUGACCAUCGCUAUCGGGAAGAUAACAAAACUGAUCGAAAGUAACGUAGAGGAAGUCGCCGACGGUCUUGCCGACCUCUCAGUAGCAAAUAUUUGA